AUGGCGCCUUAUCUGGAAGAGCCGCUGUCAGAGGCGCUUCAAGUCCCGCUCAAAUCCAAGCCUGAUCUUGUCGCUCCAGAACCUGAACACUGUCCUGGUCCCGAAUCCGAGCAAGCGGGCCAAGGUGACGCCUGCAAUGGCUGUCCGAAUCAGGCCAUCUGCGCUUCAGCGCCGAAGGGUCCCGAUCCCGAUAUCCCUCUCAUAACCGAACGGCUUGCCGGAAUAAAACAUAAAAUACUGGUGCUGUCAGGCAAAGGCGGAGUAGGUAAAUCAACAUUCUCUUCGCUUUUGUCGCACGCAUUUGCCGCCAACCCAGACUCUACGGUGGGAAUCAUGGACACCGACAUUUGCGGCCCUUCUAUCCCUAAAAUGAUGGGUGUUGAAAGUGAAACCAUCCACGUCAGCAACGCGGGCUGGAGUCCUGUAUGGGUGACGGACAAUCUUGGAGUCAUGAGUGUUCAAUUCAUGCUACCGAACCGAGACGAUGCGGUGAUAUGGCGCGGGCCAAAGAAGAACGGACUGAUUAAACAAUUUUUAAAAGACGUCGAAUGGGGCGACCUGGAUUAUUUGAUCGUGGACACCCCUCCCGGCACCUCGGACGAACAUCUGUCGGUCAACUCGUUUUUGAAAGAAUCGGGUGUAGAUGGCGCCGUGGUGGUGACCACUCCCCAGGAAGUUUCGCUGUUGGAUGUACGAAAGGAGAUUGAUUUUUGCCGGAAAGCCGGGAUUCGGGUAUUGGGACUGGUUGAAAAUAUGUCUGGGUUCGUCUGUCCGAAAUGUACCCACGAGUCUCAGAUCUUCCGAGCAACGACAGGAGGCGGUAAGAAACUCUGUGACGACCUGGGCAUCCCUUUCCUGGGAGCAGUGCCGCUUGAUCCACGGAUAGGAAUGGCCUGCGAUUUUGGAGAGAGCUUCAUGGACAGCUUCCCUGACAGCCCUGCUUGCAAAGCGUUACGACAAGUGGUGAGGUCGGUGGGGAGAUUGAUUGGUGAGGAUCCGGAUGAAGUUCUUCCCGACGGCCCGUUAUAA